AUGCACCUGCGAUUUUCUGUAUUCUUCGGUUUCCGUCAAGGAGGCCGUAUGAUUAUCCCCAAAGACGGCAUCAAGCUACACCGUGGAAAUCUUGGUGCUAUCACUCAGCAUCUGAAGCCACUUCUCGAAAACGGUGAGUGCUUCCGGCUCCAACUCAAAGACUGGCGCGAGAAGAGAAGCCUUUCACAAAAUAGUCUGAGCCACGUUUGGUACAAGGAAAUAAGCGACUACCUGAUCAAGUCUGGGCGCACUGACGCAACGCCUGCAUGGGUAAAGCGAAACCUCAAAAAAACUUAUCUGGGUUAUGAAGAGGUUGAGUACACCGAUUUCGUCACCGGAAUUAAGACGAUUGAAUUAGAACUCCGCCACACGUCCGAUCUGGACACUGGCGACAUGCACCAUUUCAUGUGCCAGGUGGAAGGCUGGUGCGCUCAGUUUGGCCUGGUGCUCACAAUCCCUCAAAGCAGCGAAUUUCAGGUGCUGCGCGAUAAGCAGGAGGCCUGA